AUGAAGAAGAAUCCAUGUGAAGGGAAUGCAAAAAACUAUCUCCAUUAUAAUUGUUACAAUACGUUAUAUGAGUACUUCAAGAAAUUAACUUUUAGUACGACAGAUGAGGAUAAUUUAGAAAAAACCAAGACAGAGUUACAAAUGAAUACAAGAGAAUAUUCUGCGUAUAAUAAUCAUUUUAAAAAACUAGCAACGUUUUUGAAUGGAAAUCAUGCUUUUAUUGAAUAUACUCGUGUUCCAAGUUGUAUUUAUAUUAACUACUGGUUAAAUAAAAAUAUUCAAGAAGAACAUAAUUCCCUAUAUAAUGAAAAAUCUUUUGAUAUCUUCAAAGAAUUUACCCAUACUUACUCAAAAAUAAAAUAUAACAAUGAAAAUAAUUCAUGUAGGGAAUAUAUAAAACUUCUAAACCCGAUUGAAUAUCAUAGAAUGGGUAUCUUAAAUACGUUGUAUAAUCUGUAUGAUCUACUUGGAUCAUCCGUUUACCAUAAUUACCCACAUCCACCGUGUACUUUUGUUAGUCUAUUAGCUAGAGAAUAUAGGGAUAUUUUUAGUUCUCCUGAAACGUAUAAAGAUUUAUUUAAUCAAUUAAAAUCACUUAAAGAUUUAAUUGUAAAAAGAGAAUUGCACCUUAAAUUAGAAUGUCCAACGAAAUUUUCACAGAUAACAUUACCAAAGGAAGAUACCCACAAUUCUGUAGGACAUAAUGUAGAGAAAGAUACGAAAGUAAGUUUAUCAGUUCCAUCAGAAACAGAUUCAACUGGUCUACAAGGAAAAAAUUCAGAUAGUAGGACAAUUACAGAAGUAACAUUACCCCUAUCAACUAAUCUAGGACAAACAGAAUUAAAUCAACCAGAGAAACCAGCAACAGGGGUAACAAUCGAAAAUCAACAUUUAGUAACGGCCCAAGAACCAGCGCAUUAUUUGGGAAGGACACCAGAAGAAGAAGUACAUGGAGAAACACAACAUGCACAAUAUCGAAGAUUACCAGAAGCAAGUUUCACAGAACAAAGAGUUGAUGACCCAUAUAACACACUCAACGUGUUUUCAUAUCAAAGGCCUCACCAUGUAGAUAUUCAUACCCAUCCAGAAAAAUCAAUGUCCCCUACGAGUCAAUCAGAAGAUGUAGGAGUAAUGACAAAUAUACAAAACGCUUUUUCUAGCAUUGUACAAAAUGUUGAUCCAGCACCUGUUCUUGGUGUAUCUGGUGGGAUGGGUGUUUUAUUUGUACUUUUUAAGUAUACUCCAUUUGGAUCCUUUUUUGGAGGAAGAAGAGGACGAUUCCGUCAAAUUCCUAGCAGUUUCAGAGGAUUUCAACCAGAUUUCGCAAAUUUUCAGGAAUAUGAAGGUGGGCAUAUUGGAUAUGGUCCAAUCAAUAUAAAUCCUCUCGCGGAAUAG